GGCAUGCCAAAAUCACUGGGGCGUGUAAAAGAUGCUAUACACAAAAGAAAUGUGAUAAAAAUUAGGAAGUUAGACUUCACAUGAUUAUAAUCAGAGUUAACACAAGUUUUCUUUGUGCGAAGAGAAUUUAAAUAAGGAGCAAGGCAAUCAUACACCACCAUCACCAUGCCACAUACAUCCGUGAACCUGUUGGGGAGGAUUUCGUUACAUUGAUGAGUGAGUUGGAUGUAUGAAUGAGCCUGAGUUCACAUAUGUUAGUACUUAGUGUACAAGAACUCAUGACACUCGUAUGGUAAGAGUGGAAACUACCUGAUUCAUGGCAGAAAUGUUUUAAUGGGUGAUAUAUGAAGAUACCGGGAGAUAAGUGGAAGUUCUUUGUUCAUUCAUUUACUUGUACUGAUACUGGAAAGUGUACAUGUUUCGGUCGGGAUUUUUAAUGUAUACAUGUGAAAAGUGUUCGAAAACUUGAAUUGACCAAUAUUCAUCUGGAGAUUGUACAUGAGUUGAUGGGGAUUUUUGAAGUAUACAUGUUAAUAGUUUUUGAAACUUUUCAUUGACCAAAUUUUGUCAUGAAACUCAUUAAUUUUGGAAUUGCGUCAGGAAUGUUUUAUUCCCGAUGCAUGACAAUUUCGUAGAUACAUGCAGUGAAUAGUGGAAGCUCUUUGUUCAUUUUUACGUGAUAUCUAUAAAUUGUACUUGAAAGAGAGAGUUUAAACACUGCUAAUUAUGUGGUAAGGGUAUAAGGUUUUGAAUUUGAUUACCAGCUAGUAAGUCGGAUAAUGUUUUCUGACAAUACAAGAUACUGAAGUGUUUGGUUCCUUAAUAGGAAAACGCGAGUGUUCAGUAAUGCUUUAGGUGAAGGGGAGUUGAAAAAAUAAUGUCAAAAUGUUUGUCUGGAGAUAUAAGUGUCAAGUCUUCAUAAAUUAAACAUGGCCAAUUCUAUUUAUAGCCAUUUACAAGUUUUGCUGGGCUAUGAUGUACAUGUUGAUGCUAAUUUACAUGUAGUCGUGAAUAUACAGUGAGUUUUUGACAAAUCGUUUCGGAGUUUGACAGAACAUUUUACAAAAUGAAUUACCAUGGCAACCAUAGAGGUAUCACAUAAAACAACGACAACAACAAACAAAAACAACAGCGUAUUUCCAUCUCAUUCUCAAUAUUCCAAUCAGUUUGAACGAGGACCUUUACCGAACGUGACGUCCCAGAAAGAUUCAAACAUGUGCGCCGGACGAUUGUGGAUAUUCCUUCUCCUUGGUGUUAUUUUGGUCGUACUGGGGAUUGUUUCGCUAGGGAUAUACAUGAAUAUGGAAAGCGUGACGUCUUCGAAGGAGAAUAUGGAGCUGAUGCCACUGUAUAUACCCUCUGGAAGUGUGCUGUUGGCUGGUCUGUGUGUGAGUGGUCUGUUUUGGAAGCGAUACAGAGGACUGGUCCUAGCUACUGUCGGUAUCAACGUAGCCUCCGCAUUCCUCUGUCUGCUUGUUGGGGUAAUCACGUUGACCCACAUGUUACAACCUCUGCGAACGUUGACGAUCUACUGUCGGUAUCAACGUAGCCUCCGCAUUCCUCUGUCUGCUUGUUGGGGUAAUCACGUCCUAGCUACUGUCGGUAUCAACGUAGCCUCCGCAUUCCUCUGUCUGCUUGUUGGGGUAAUCACGUUGACCCACAUGUUACAACCUCUGCGAACGUUGACGAUGUGCCGCUUCUACAAGAGUCAACAACUCUGUCAGUGCUUCUCCGCGUAUAGUCGGGACGUCUUCUCGCUGAAGUUUGAUGAUGAAGAUCUCACGAAGUACGACUUUGAAGGUGCCGCCAACUGCGAAGACGUACAAACGUUCCUACCGCAACUUCUCUACACAGUUUCCAUCAUAUACUGUCUGGUGUUUGUCGUGGCGAUUGGAGCGGCUGUGUUAGCCCUUUUGAUUUUGAGGGCGGAGAGCGUUAAACGAGGCUUCCUCUCGGCCGAUUCUUAUGAAGAAGUGUAUACAGUGAGUGGCUCUUCUCAGGACCAAUCCGAUAGUGAAUCAGACGACAUUCCUGAUGUCGUGACCUCUGGGCAGUGUCAAACACCUGUUACUAUAAAUAGCCAAACAGUACUGCCUAAAAAUAGCACCAGUCAGACACCUUUGCCUAAAAAUAGCACCAGUAAUUCAUUGAACCAGAACAGCACAAGAGAAAGUACACCAAUCAGUCAUUCUAUAAAUAAGGUUAAUACUGUAGGUCGAAGAGCUGUCACUCCUCAGUUGACCAAUCAGGAGCCAGUGUCAAGGACACAAGUUCAAAGGUCAAAGACACCAGGACUGAAUGACCUUGAACUUGGGAAGGAGAGUUUAGCAAAUAGAUAUAAAAUCAACAAAACACCCGACCGAGAAAUUAAUGUCAGACAAAGAUUAUCGAAAACCCCGGAUAGAGAGAUAGGCUCUCACAGGAGAAAUAGCUUUACAGUGUCAAAGAGGUUAAGCAAAUCGUGUGACUCUCUGGAUUCAUCAGGAAAUGAAGCUAGGGAGAGAGCUAAAAGUUUCGGUACUGACGGGAAAAAGAAGGGAAAGUUAAAAGACCAUCGGAGAAAAGGAAAAAGGGCCGCAACUGUGCAUACCUUGGACACAGAUCAGUUAUUGUUGAUCUUGAAUCUGCAGAUGAGAUAUUUGCAGGAAUCUAAGGAGCAGAAGACAACUACUGACAUUUAUGGUGGUGGGAGUGGGGUUCAAGGGAAUCGAAGGGCCGUAACUCCGCAGCCAGUAUCUCAGAAACAAAUAAUACCUCAGAAAAUACGGUCGCAUACUCCUCAGCCUAGAAGGGCUAACAGUAGAUUUCGGGACCAACGUGCGUAUGAUUCUUAUGCUCAAAAUUUACCUCAUAAUAAUGGUGGUCUAAAUCAGGCAUACAGACAGCCAUUACAAAGUGAUGGGAAAAGUUAUGUGAGCGACAGUGCUGCAAGUUCUAGAAGGACUUCUCAGUCGAGCGAAAAAUCCAACGACUUGUUAGUGAGUAACGGAAAUAAUGACUUUGUGUAUUAUCAGGGUAAUCGAGGCAAUAAAACGUUUGGUGCAGACAGUUAUUUACACUCUCAGCAAAUAAGACAAUCGAUUCAGACGGCUCCGAAUAUCAAAAACGGGUACAAUCCAUAUAUCCAUUCAGCGCAAGUUACACAAUCGGUCGAUAGUGUCAAUUACGUGACAUACUCUGACAGUAUGUUAAACAAUCCUUCAAACGCUCCGAUUUCCCGAUCGGGACCAGCGAUUAAUUUAAAAGCGGGACCAAAAUCACGACAAUCGGUUCAGAACUACUUUCUCCCAUCGCAACCGGUUCAAAGAGGGAAGCAUCAAAAUUUGCCACCGACUCCAAUUUCCCGCCAAAAAGUAACUGAUCGACAACUUCCUCCACAGCCCGUUCAUCGGGGACAAUCAGCUUUUCACAUUGUCGAUAGGAAAUCGAAAUCGAGAUCUUCGUCAGUUUCAAGUGAUCCGAGUGGACAAAUGAAUAUGGAGAUACCAAAAAGGUUGAGGUCCAAAAACAACAGUCCACAUGAUCCAAUCAGGGAUAACUUCAGCAUGCAGCCCCAGAUGAGAGACGGGGGAAGAGACAGCAGGAGAGAAGGGGAAAAUGAGAAUAGCAACUUUAUUCUCAGAGACCCUCAAGGGAGCUCUGGGCAGGAUGAGCCCCUGCCGCCUUACUCCGGACCACCAUCGUACAAGGAAUAUGUCUCAUCAUGUAACACAUCAGUUAAUUCUUCACUUUCUUCAAACCCUGAUGAUAUUUAUAGCUUCCCAAAACGCAGAGGUCAAAGGUUAAAUGGAAAUACAAGUGGUUACCAUGGUAAUGGUAAAAAUGAUAAGUUUGGCGGAAACAUGAGUGGAAUGGAUGAUAAAAAUGUUAGCGGAAAAAUGUUUAAGUUUACUGGUGCUGCUACUACUGAUAUGAACCAUAUAAACAGAGGUCAUUCAAAUGGUAUGGAAAAUUACCAAGGUGAAGGUCAAAUUCAGGGAAGUGAAGAGAAUUCUGGGAAAAAAUAUAAAUGGACCAAUCAGAAUUCAGGAAAUAAUGUAGUUCAGGGUCAGAGGUCAUGUGCUGAAGGUCAGGAAUCUAUAAAUAGCAAAGUAAAGGUUAAACCGAUAAUUGUUCCGGAGGAUUAUUAUUCAAGUGUAAUUAAAGAGCAGAAAAAUGACUCCACUUACGCAAACAAUGAUAGGAAUAAGAUGCCUGAUCAGAGUAUAAAUGACCAAGGCAAAAUUCGGGAACCAGAGUAUGGCAAUACUAAUGCACCAAAACUUGCCGGUUACCAGUAUAACUUUGAUGAUAUUGAUGGCGGUCAGAUUGGACCGGACGAACAUUAUCAUGAGUAUGAGGAUGUUUAUGAUACUCCCGCGAAUGUUAAAAAAAGCGGAAAAGCAAAGGAUGGAAACAGGUACUCUGUUAAGAACCAUGGUUUACCAAACUCUGGGUCACAUAUGCCAAAGAGUGUGAAAUCCAAUGUCAUGAGUCCCAAAGUGGAGAGAAAAUUUGAUAUUAAUGACAAAAUGGUGGAAAAUGUGCAUAGUUCAGAAAUUAAACACGGUAGGUAUGGAAUUGACUCUGAGUUUGCGAAAGCUAGCAGUAAAGUUGGAGCUAGUGUUGAAAAUGUUCAUGCUGAUGUCGUAAAGAAAAUUCCGAGAAUUCGAUUGAAUGAUUUGAGUGUGGAAAAUGAGAAUGUUGAUGAUGAUGAUGUUUUUGUUGAGGAGAGUGCUAUGGGUAACGGUAAAGUUGGUGAUGUUGAGGCACAGAUGGGCGGGGUUGCUACAAGGCGUAUUCAGAAUUAUGAAGAAAUUGAUGAACUUGAUUCAGCCAAUCAAAAUCAAGCAUCUGGUCAUGUGACUUGUGAUUCAUCCAACCAGCAGACGGAUGAGGGCUACAUGAAAAUGACAUUGCCUUCAAAAGUUUUUAAACUUAAUGAUAAUACUGAAAAUUAUGGAAUUGCAGUGCAUUUGACUGGAAUUUCUGCCAAUCAGAGCUCAGGAUAUAGUUAUUGUGCUGAGCAGAUCUCAACCAAUCAGAAUGCCCUGUCAGGUCAUGUGGACAGUCUUUCAGCCAAUGAGAGCUCUCGACACAUGCCUGAUGGAGAAGAUAAUUCAAGUGAUUUGACCAAUCAAAGUUAUGAAGAGACUGGUGUUUAAAAGACUGAGAUAAUUGAAUAAGAAGUUUUUAUAACCUAAAAUUAGUAUAAUUUUAGUGUACUCUUACCUUAAACAUUAUCUGUAGCUCUGUAAAUGUACAUGUUUAUGUGUUGCUCUUACAAAUUUGUACAUUGAAUGGAAUCAAGGCUGUUUUAAUUAAGAGAUCUCUAAUGUUUUCAUCUUGUGUAUACAUAGUGUUUUUGUUUUUGUUUGAGAUAAUCAUUGUCUUAUUUCAAAUUUGUGUUUGUAAUAAAAUGAAGGUUGUGUGUAAUAUAUAUAUAUAUAUAUAUAUAUAUAUAUAUAUAUAAUUCUUAGUGUCUGAAGUUAUAAUCUUUCUUGCAGUAACAAAUUCAAUUAUUUGUUACAAAAAUAGUAAUGAGCAUUAUUUUGAGAUUAUGACAAUAUAUUGACUUGCCAUUUGAUUAUCAGUACUUGCCAUUAUAUGUAAUAAUGUGUUCAACAUGCAAUUGAUAUUAUAAGAAGAGUGAUGUAUGAUAUUAUAAGAAGGGUGAUGUAAUAAAGGAUUGAUUCGGAUAUCAGGAUAAGGAGCUUUCAAAUUCAGAUUGUCAUAUAUUAAAUUUUGUUAAGAUUUUUGCAGGACAUAAGCAUUGAGGUUUUUUUUAAAUAGCUUGGAAUAGAUAUACAUGUAAUUGGCUCUGGGCCAGUAUUCAAUAUUGAUCUUAUCCUGAUCCUAAGACAUGCUUCAGUGAUUCCAUUCAGCCUAUUGGUCAGCUAAAUAUACCGGCCAAUCAGAAUUCUUAGCUUCUAAUCUUAAUUUUAUGUUCAAUCGAAGUUGCUUAUUGAAUCCGACCCCUGAGCAUAAUUUCAACAGGGUUCUAAUAAACUUCUAAUCCUGCUUAAAGCUUAAAUUCCUCAUUUGUAUAAUCAGACUGUUGUUAUCCCUGUGUAAACAUAUUUAGCUGAUUAUUCAGAACCUUGUCAAAGUUAAUACAUUGUUGAGGUCAUCGUUGUUAACUUUUAAUAUUUCAUGAUGUGCUGAUGUAUUAAAGUGAUGCUCUUAUUCAAAAUCAAUACAUACACAUGUAUAACAAACAUCAGUUUUGACUGAUAAACCUUUAAAUUAACUACUUACUAAAUAAUGCAUUUAUUGAAAAUAUCAAUUUAAAACUGAUAACAAGAUUGUAACCGUGUAUUUAAUAGCAUAAAUCUUAGCAAAUCGACUCGAGUUAAAAAUGACUGAAGAAAUUUUAUGAAUAUGCCCUGUAGAUAAUCUAUAGAUAUCUACUGUAGAUAUUCACUCUUAAGGUACAAAUUUGCUCCAAGAAUUUGUCAUUAAAUUAAUAAACCUCAGUUGAAUGUUGAUGUGGUAAAAGGAAUAUGUACAUAAUUGUUGUGGUAAGAUAUUACAAUCUUUUGCAAUUUCUGAGUACAAUUGUUCACUUGCUUUACGCUGCACUCUCACAGAUGGACCGUUUUGACGACUUUUUUAUUGUUUGCACUAGAAUGAGCUAUUUUUUGUGUUAAUGUAAGAAUCAGAUUGCAGUUUUUCACAGUCAUGUUCAAAAUUGAUGUUUUAUGCGGAAAAAAACACAGUUUUCUUGAAGCAUUAGUUACGCUUUUAGCCACGUAAAUAUUAAAGACUGUGAUCUGAUAUUUUGCCACCAGUCAUUUAUCAAUGGUUUCCAGAUAUUUAUGCAAAUAUUGGUUCAUUCAAAGACAAAAAUAAAGGUGUCAAAACGGACAAGGCAUCCAGGGUUCGAUUUUUGGCCGUAGCACAUGUGAGGUUAAUGAUGGACAAGUGACGUAAUACGUGUCUCACAAUGUUUGUAAAAUAAAAAAAAGUUCAAACUAAUCAAUUUGGAAUUAAUUUUAGAUGAAAGACAUUUUUAAAAAAAAAAAUGUUUAUAAAUAUACUUUGGUUUUUUUUAUUGGAAUUUCAGAAAACCUGGAAAAAAAUGUAGUUUAUAAUUGUUUUGAAGAAAUUAUUGUACAUGUAUCUUAAUAUGAAGCCAUUAUAUUUUACCCACAAUAAAUAUAUGCAUUGUUGAUUUGUAAUCAUGUUAAUUCUGUAUUUUACUCAUAAAUAUAUUGUGUAUUUUACAUGUUUUUCUACAAAAUAUUAUUGAAAGAGUUUUAAAUUUUAACGAAUUUCACUUAAAAUGAACAUUAUGUAUAUAUACAUGUAAUUCAUUUACAAUUAUGGUUGAUCCUUUUUGAAUUUUGUAUAUUUUUAUUCAAGUAAAAUU